AUGCCAUCACAACGGAAAGUGGCUGCAACACAUGCUAUUGAAAUUGAUUUGGCACAUGAAUCGGGAUUAAGACUAAAGCAAUCUUAUGAGCUUCUUAGUAAGCAAGUUGGUGGAUAUGAAAAUCUUGGUUUUACCAAGCAAGAUCAUAAAAACUACUUACGUAGUAAGCGACAGAGAGACAUGGAGCAUGGGGCAGCUGCUAGCUUGGGAAGAUAUUUUAGUCGUCAACUUAUGGAAAAUCCUUCAUAUUAUUUUGUUACUCAAUUGGACUGUGAAGAGUUGAUUACUAAUAUCUUUUGGGCCGAUGCAAGAAUGAUCAUUGACUAUAGCAACUUCGGUGAUUUAAUAACGUUUGAUACAACGUAUAGCACAAAUAGAAAUGCAAGGCCACUUGGAGUAUUUUUGGGUCUCAAUCACCAUAGAGAAACUAUUGUAUUCAGAGGUGCACUUUUAUAUGAUGAAACAAUUGAAUCUUUUGUACGGUUAUUUGAGACCUUCUUAGAAGCAAUGUCUGAAAUAAAGCCAAUCACUAUUUUCACAGAUCAAGAUGCAGCAAUGUCAGCUGCAAUAAAAGUAGUCAUGCCUGAGACAUAUCAUGCAUUGUGUAGUUAG